GCCCCAGCCCGGCCAGGGCCGCUGUUAAGCUGCGGCUGCCUCCUUGCAGAGAUGCUAUGGGGGCUCCGGAAAAACAGGUCAACUGCGGUUUUCCGUUCUGUGCUGGGGCCCACCCGGGGCACAUCUGCAAGGCAGAAGAUGGGAACAUCGAGUACAAGCUGAAGCUAGUGAAUCCCUCGCAAUAUCGCUUUGAGCACCUGGUGACACAGAUGAAGUGGCGACUACAGGAAGGCCGAGGUGAGGCUGUCUAUCAGAUCGGCGUGGAGGACAAUGGGCUGCUUGUGGGCCUCUCAGAGGAGGAGAUGCGUGCCUCGCUCAAGACACUGCGCCGUAUGGCAGAGAAGGUUGGGGCUGACAUUACGGUGCUGCGGGAGAGGGAGGUCGAUUACGACAGUGAUGUUCCAAGGAAGAUAACGGAGGUGCUUGUCCGAAAGGUGCCUGACAACCAGCAGUUCUUAGACCUGCGAGUAGCUGUGCUGGGGAAUGUGGACUCAGGGAAGUCAACCCUGUUGGGUGUCCUAACGCAAGGAGAGCUGGACAACGGGCGGGGCAGAGCACGCCUCAACCUCUUCCGGCACCUCCAUGAAAUCCAGUCAGGAAGAACGUCAAGCAUCAGCUUUGAGAUCCUCGGCUUCAACAGCAAAGGAGAGGUGGUAAACUACAGUGACUCCCGAACAGCAGAAGAGAUCUGUGAGAGUUCUUCCAAAAUGAUCACUUUCAUUGACCUGGCUGGCCACCACAAGUAUCUGAAAACAACCAUCUUUGGCCUCACCAGCUACUGCCCGGACUUUGCUAUGCUGGUGGUUAGUGCCAAUACUGGCAUUGCAGGAACAACACGAGAGCAUUUGGGCUUGGCCAUGGCCCUCAAGGUCCCCUUCUUCAUUGUCAUCAGCAAAGUUGACUUGUGUUCGAAAGCCACUGUGGAACGGACAGUGAAGCAGCUGGAGCGAAUCCUGAAGCAGCCAGGCUGCAACAAGCUCCCCCUGCUUGUGAACUCAGAUGAUGAUGCUGUUACAGCAGCACAGCAGUUUGCACAGUCUCCCAACAUCACCCCAAUCUUCACACUGUCUAGUGUUUCUGGGGAGAACCUGGAUCUCUUGAAAGUCUUCCUUAAUAUCCUCCCUCCACUGACCAACAGUAAAGAGCAGGAAGAACUAAUGCAGCAACUCACAGAGUUUCAGGUUGAUGAAAUUUAUACUGUGCCAGAGGUGGGGACUGUUGUGGGAGGAACUCUGUCGAGUGGGAUCUGCCGAGAAGGGGAAAACCUGGUGGUCGGUCCCACUGAUGACGGGAAGUUCCUCCGGCUGAAAGUGUGCAGUAUCCAACGCAACCGCUCUGCCUGCCGCGUACUGCGGGCUGGGCAGGCAGCCACGCUGGCCCUCGGACCCUUCGACCGCUCCCUGCUGCGCAAGGGCAUGGUCAUGGUGAGCCCAGAAAUGAACCCCACCAUCUGCUCAGUAUUUGAAGCCGAGAUCGUGCUGUUGUUCCAUGCCACGACUUUCCGGAAGGGCUUUCAGGUGACGGUGCACGUGGGGAAUGUGCGACAGACUGCUAUUGUAGAGAAGAUCCAUGGAAAGGACAAGCUGCGGACAGGAGAGAAGGCAGUCGUCUGUUUCAGGUUCAUCAAGCAUCCUGAAUACUUGAAGAUCGGAGCCAAGCUGCUUUUCCGUGAAGGAGUCACCAAAGGCAUUGGGCAUGUCACUGACCUCCAAGCCAUCAUCACCAAAGAAAACGGCCUGGAGGAGUCCCUGGGGCCUGGACAGCUGAGCUUCUGACUACCACUAAGUCAGAGAGAUCUCCACUCACCACCACCUGGGGAAAAGGAUGGAAGCUUCUGUGGCUCUCUGAGUGAUGCCUGGAGCUGCUGCUGUCCCAUUCUAGCAUGGGUGUCCCUCCUCCGCACUGUGAGAUGGAGCCUCGGAGAGCUUCUCGCAUUCAGUGCCGUACAUGGGGCAAGUUAAGCAUGUUCUCCACAUUGCCUGCAGCUUUUGUUACCCUGUCCUCCUUCAGAAUAGAUCAGAGGCACCUGCAGACCUGGGCAGGCAAGUUCUGGCUUUGUUUACUGUUAGAAAAUUACUGGUUGGGAGGAGGAGAACCCUUGAAGACUAGCAGUGAAGGGAUGUUUUUCCAUCCCUCACACAAGAUCUGGUCCCAUUUCUGCUCUCUGAGCACUAGGUUGAUAACAGUCCUCUCGAGUCAUCCUGCAGCACAUCCCUCUGGGCAGGGGAUGGAAGAGGCCCUGCUACCCACAGCAAGGACUUGGUUGAACUUCUCAAAACACAUUCAGGACACUUUUUAACCGUUUUAAUCUUGGUUAGCUUUAAUCUGCUGUGUGUCCAUUUGUGUGUUGGUUUUGCAUUACUCCAGUCUGAGUGUCUUACUGUUGGACAAGUGUCCUGUUCCCCACUCACAUGUACACACCUUCAGCAUCCCGCUUUCCGACUCCCGGGAAGCUGUGGCUGCUCCGAGUGGCACAGCUUCCCGAUGUAAUGGUGUGAAGGCAAGGCAGAGUUGGCAUUUGCAUCUGUUCCUUGCAGCAGCUGGGCAGGAGGCCAUUCUGUGGAGCAGAGUGGGGCCUGGGCCUGUGCUGGCAUGUGCAGGUUGUUUCUGUGGAUGUUCAGCUGCAGGUGUCACCUGCAUGUCUGCAGCAGUGGUUUGCAGUGGGCUACCUGGUGUGGCUAUUCCAGGGCCUGGCCCAGCUUACUCCUCAUAUGCUUGCCUUAAUGUGUGAGGAGGACAGGCUGUGUUACUAACACAGAACCAGGUGACUUCUAUUGUUUAGAUGUGAUUUGACAGUAGUGUGAUUUGAUUUCUGUUUCUCCUCAAGAAAGACUUCUUUUCUUUCCCUUGCCACUGGGGUUUGUUGUCAGAGGAAAGUUGGUGCUGCCAGCAAGGACUCUGUGCACAAGAGUGGAGCACAUUUGUCCCCCACUCGCUGUUGUGCAGCUCCCCUGUGUGACUGUUACUCUGGGCCACUCGUAGCUUGGAGGGUGCAGCAGGGGCUGUAUAGCUGUACAUAGGCUUUUGAUUUUCUUGUUGACUGUUAGACCAAAUGUGUCAGCUGUGAGCAACAGGCCUUCAGCCAGCCCUGUCACAUGGCAUGGUGGCCUGCCAGCCCUGACUGAAGGGAAUGGCGAGAGCCUGUGAUGGCACUUGGACACCCCAACAGCCCUUCUACCAUCCUGAGAGCAAGUUCUGCUUCUGGGCUGCUGGCACAGGCAGUGCCUGUGGGGCUGAGCAGCCCAUGCUGAUCUGUAGAUGUCGCAAAGCAGCGCUCUCCACUGGGCUGGGCUCUAACAGAUGGGGAGGUGGCAGCUGCACCCUGCAAAGAGCAUGCUGAGGUGCGUGGAAGCCGGUGGAAUGGUAGUAUACAUGGAGGGAUUCAGAGGCAGCUCAGUAGUGAUGGGAGUGACCUGUUCCUUGGGGGGAGCACUGACCCAGGUGAAAACUCUGCUUCUUUCCCAUCAGCCCAGCAGUAUGACAGGAAUUGCUGGCUCAAGGUCUCUGCUCAAGCAGAAUCCCUCUUUCUUCCCAUCCUGGCAGUGCUCUGGUGUUACAGUGACAUGGUCUUUCACCCAUGCCUGCAAGGAAAGGCCCCAGCUGCCAGCAGGCUCUUCCCUUUGGUGCUAGUGGGUCACAAAGAAAGCUGCCUGGGGGGCUGUACCCCAGCUGUUUGCAGCAGCCCUGGUGUUUUCUGCCCCAAAGCAGGCAUGGGGUGCUGUGACCUCCUCUGAAGUAGCUGAUGGCUAGUCUCACCUUAUCCCUGCCAUCUGUGGCAUGACUGUUCUUGGUGCCAUGCUCUUCAUAAUUGCUGUUUUGUUGUCUUGAAUUUUUCUAAUGCUGGGGGUUGUCCCUGUUCCCCAAGCAUCUAUAUAUAAAUGUACAGAAUAAAGAUGUUUUAUUGAGCUUGCUGGCUGAGUUGUACAAUAAGUGAGGGUGGAGCUGGGCUCUUGCCGUGCUGCCCUUGGAGCUGGGUCACGGUUAGAGAUGGCUGCCCUUCACCCCUUCCUAAGCUUCCUGCAUUCAGACCUAUAAAUACCAUCCUGUGGCAUGGAAGGAAUGCACGCACACUGCUGUUUACAACCGUGCUCUCCUGGCUUAUCUGAGCAAGCCUGGGUGUGCAGCCUGGGGUGACAGGCAGCCACGUCACUCUGAGCACAGCACUUCGGGCUGUUGUGGGUGGAACAAGCUGUGGUGAGUGCUUCCUUGCAGUCACAAAUUCCCUCAGAGCCUAAUUAAAGGGAUGCUUUCUAGGGCACACAUCUUAACUUGUGAUUUGUUUUUGAAAUAGCUUCGAUCUUGAGGGGUUUGUGACUAACUUCUCUCCAUGAGAAAAGGUUGUUCUCUUGGGACAAACAGAGGCAGAAAGGCUUCCCUGUGGAGGUGACCUGUGUCAGUGAAGGGAUUUGCCUAUUCUCAACUUGUUUUGUGUCAGGUAGUAGCAUCUGCAGAGUCUGGUCCUGCCAGACACUUAGGAAAUGAGAUGUGCCACUGUCACAGGAGCAUGAGGCAACCCUGCCAGACUCGUUGCUAUUUCUCUUUACGUGAGGACUUUGGGCAACUUGUCGCUUUGCAGUGUGAGGACUGUCAUUAAUGGGAGUAACUCUGUAAUUCCUUCCUCUGCUGAUUACCAGCAGAGCUGCACGCACCAGAAUGAACUUCUUGUGCUUCCUGAAAUCUCUCAACAACUUUGUCAAGUGUUAGACCCCCAAUGACAGUAACAUAGCAGCUUCGCAGCACAGGCUGUCUGCUGGAAGGAGAGCAGCUCAACAGCUGCAAGUAGGAUGAUACAGUUCAGAAAAGAAGGGGAAACAGUACAUGCAAAUACAGCUGCACUUUGCAUCAUUAUCUGCUGCCUGAAAGGCGCUCUCUCCCCCUGCUGAGGGAGGGGAAGCCUGCAGCUGAUGAAACUGCUAAGUGUGUUUCCAAACCCCACCCAGUGCUGCCUUGACGUGGCACGUUCCUUCCCCCUGCCCUAAGAGCUGAGUUCAAAUUAUUGGCAGCAGCACUUUUGGGAGAAGCCAGCAGGCUCCAGGCAGCUAGUGGUGUAGCAUGCAGAUGAGCCUUGCUGGGCAGCUGAGGGCAAGCACAUCUCUUGCCCUGGAGCUGUUCUCACCCUCUCUUAGUGCUUGCUAGUCCCCUCGAUGAUAUUCUGCUUUGUUGGCUCUGUUGUAAUUUGUGGAGCAUGGGGGCAGCCACUCUGAUGUGAACUGUGGCCCAGAGAGCUGAACAAGUCAUUCAGCAGAGCAUGAUCAAAAUACAUACCUGUCAUCAGGUUGCAUGUAAUAUCACCCAGAGUCUGGGGAGGAAGUAAAAUGGGGUUAUACACUCUUUCUGCAAUGGAGGAAAGCUUUCACAGAGGGCUGUGUGACUCUGGCAUGUUUCCCAUCCCUGCCAUGAGGAGUCUAGCAGAAGACUGUUUAUGUGUCAAUAGCAAUUAUCAGGAACCAGUGCUGAGAUUUCAAAAAGCCCAGCAAAAAAGUAUGCCCAUGCAGCUCCAGCUUCCUCAACUCUUAGACAGGAGCAGUCUCUCUUGUGCACUCCAGAGCUGGUGAUAAGCAUCACACAAUGGACUGCUACACAGAGGGAAUUGCCAAACUGUCUAUAACAAAAAUCUUGAGGGGGGGGGUGUGUGUAGAAUAAAAAUCAGUGUCUUCCAGGUGGAGAGGACCCACAGGGCUAAGCUACCAUAUGUAAGUUAUACAGUAAGGGUAAAGCCUGCAACUGCAGCUAGAGGAGAACCACCAUGAGGUGAAGGCUUCAUACUAAGUGACUGGAUAGGGGUUCAAGCCUAGGCUUGGCUGAUGAUGCCCUGGGAUAAGCCACUGUGCUUACAGUGUCUGCUUUCACAGUAGGAAAAGAAAGCUGAGCAGUGAUGCUAUGGAAGUAGCCAUGGCAGAAGUGGAGGCAAGUACAAUGCAGCUUCUGGUAGCACC